AUGAACGACAUUUGUAACAAUUAUGAAGAUGUUGCUGACUAUGUCAAUAAUCACGUUUUUGAUGAAUUGUGUGAAGAAUUUGAAAAUAAAAGAAUUGUCAUACAUAAUAAUUGUGUUGGUUUUGGUAUGAAAAAAGCAACAAAGAACACGAGAAAAACAAGUGAUAGAUUUGAAGGCGCAAGUGGAAGUGAUAACGCAGAAGAAGCUGAAACAAAUUUAGAAGAAAUAUUUAUCGCGGAAUUGGAGGAGACAAAAAGGAAUUUUAGAAUGGACCAUCCUUGUAUAAAAAGUCUGUUUUUUAAAAGUAGAGAAAUUUUCUCACACCUUUUCGAGAUUGUUGCUUCUCUUCAAGAAGACAACUGUCUUCUGUUUGAGUAUAUAGAAAGAAUGGAAAUGUUUCAAAUUCAUGUAGACAG